AUGCCACGUAAAGGCGGCCCUAUACAGAGACGAUCGUUACCUUAUGUCAAGAAAGUCCUGGCUGUUGCUAGCGGCAAGGGCGGCGUAGGCAAGAGCACCGUCGCCGUGAACCUUGCAUUCUCGCUCGCGAUGCAUUCCGAACAUGCACCGCGAACAAGGCCGCGCGUCGGCAUACUCGACUUGGACAUCUUCGGGCCCUCCAUUCCGAAGCUCAUGGCUCUCGAGAAGGCAGAAGAGCCCGAGUUGACCGCAGCCGGAGCCAUCGUGCCCGUCGUCAACCAUGGCCUUCCAUGCAUGUCGAUGGGCUUCUUGCUGCCUAAGAUACCGGGAACCGACUCCUCCGCCGAUACUGCCGUUGUGUGGCGCGGGCUCAUGGUGCAGAAGGCCGUACAGCAGCUGCUCUUUGACGUAGACUGGAGGGACCCAGGCAGCGGGGCCGAACUCGAUGUGCUGGUCAUCGACAUGCCUCCAGGGACGGGUGACGUGCCGCUGACGCUCGGCCAACUGGUCAAUGUCGACGGUGCUGUGAUCGUCUCCACGCCGCAAGAUGUUGCCUUGACAGACGUCCGCAAGGGCGUGUCGAUGUUCCAGAAGAUAUCCGUGCCGAUCGUUGGCCUCUUGUUGAACGAGUCGCACUUCAUCUGUUCGUCAUGUUCGACACCACACGAGCUGUUCGGGUCCCCGGCAUCUUUUCGGGCUACUGCGGAGCAGUUCGGGGUGGGCGUCCUUGGCGAGCUCCCACUUGUCCCGGGCGUGAGCCAUGGCGGAGAUCGCGGCAUUCCCUACGCGCUCUACAGCCCAGACAAUGCAAGCGGCGCGACAGACCCGGGGAGUAAAGAGUGGAAGGAAACGAUGGCUGGUGUCGCCUCGAAGGUCUGGCAGUUCCUAUCCCUAUCAAAAUGA